UUCCAACUUGCUCUGGGCUCUGUUGUUGUGCAGAGCUGCAGAAGGCCUGAUAGAGCCAGCUAGACAGAGAGAGAAGGAAGGGAGAGAUACAUAGACAGAGUCAGACAGAUACUGGAUCAGGAGUCUGUGUAUAAAUAUCAUCGCCCGGUUGAACCAGCGACACCAGAGAAGAAGGAGACAAAGGGAAGAGGAAGACAAAGAGGACCUUCAGUGAAAGCAGGGAAAGUGAAAGACAGACAGAGAAGCAAGGUGAAGGAGGAGAAGGAAGGAAGGAAGGAAAGGGAGGGAGGGAGGGAGGAAGGAGGCUGGGGCAUGAGGAGGGGCGCCUGACUGACAUUGCUGGUCUUGCUAUCAGCUCACACAGACACACACUCAGACACAGACAGGCAGACACACAAACGCAACCAGAUUGUGCACUGCACAGUCGCUGCUCUUUUUAUCCUUUGCGAAACCUUGUCCUCCAUCCUUUCUUCUCCUCUGAGCGAGAGGACAAGAGACAGAGAGAGGAGGAAGAGGAGGAGGAGGAGGAGGAGGAGGGAAAAGGAGGAGAAGGAGGGGAGGCAGUAACCCUCUUCUCUCCUUUUGCUCAGACACACAGCAGAGAGAUAGGGAGAGCAAGAGUCAAAAAAAAAAUAGAGAGAGAAAGCUGUUUUCUGUUCUAUCAUUCCUUCGCCGUCUCCUGUGGUCCCUUGGCCAGCGAGCGGCUAACAGGCACCGCUCAUGUCCGUGAACUCGGAGAAAUCCUCGUCCCCCGAAAGGCCUGAGACCCAGCAGAAAGCCCCGGUCAGUGCACCUCCUCCCCCGCCGCCCCCUCCGCCUCCCCCUGAGCCGGUAGGGCCCCCGGAACCGGAGGAGGAGAUCCUGGGCUCUGACGAUGAGGAGCAGGAGGACCCUGCAGACUACUGCAAAGGAGGGUACCAUCCGGUGAAGAUCGGGGAUUUGUUCAACGGGAGGUACCAUGUGAUCAGGAAGCUGGGGUGGGGCCACUUCUCCACCGUAUGGCUGUGCUGGGACAUUCAAGUGAAGAACUUUGUGGCGAUGAAGGUGGUGAAGAGCGCCCAACAUUACACAGAGACGGCCCUGGAUGAGAUCAAACUGCUGCGAUGUGUAAGAGAGAGCGACCCCGACGACCCCAACAAGGACAUGGUGGUUCAGCUGAUAGAUGACUUUAAGAUCUCUGGAGUCAAUGGCAUACAUGUGUGUAUGGUGUUUGAGGUGCUGGGUCACCACCUGCUGAAGUGGAUUAUUAAAUCCAACUAUCAAGGUCUGCCGCUGCCAUGUGUCAAGAGUAUCAUCAGACAGGUCCUGCAAGGUCUGGACUACCUCCACACGAAAUGUAAGAUCAUCCACACAGACAUCAAACCGGAGAACAUCCUCAUGUGUGUGGAUGACGCUUUUGUUCGACGCAUGGCGAUGGAGGCGACUGAAUGGCAGAAAGCCGGAGCACCACCACCGUCUGGAUCUGCAGUUAGCACAGCCCCCCAGCUCAAACCGGUGAGUACAACAGAUGUUGGGAAGAUAUCCAAGAACAAAAAGAAGAAGCUGAAGAAGAAGCAAAAGCGGCAGGCGGAGCUGCUGGAGAGACGGAUGUUGGAGAUCGAGGCCUUGGAGAGGGAGGCUGAGAAGAGGGAGGAGAGAGCCAAAGACGGAGGAGAGAAAGGGGCGCACGAACACAACCCCACAUCACCUCUGCAGCCACCGCCGGCUCCGCUGGGCCCCAGCAUGGCACUGGGGGAGAGCGACGAAGACGAUGAGGACGACGAAGAUGGGGAGGAGGAGGAGGAGGAGGGAGGAGAGAGGGAGAGGCCCAUCAGGUUGACUAAUCAUACAUGUGCAGCACCCCCCCAGGAGCAGAGCGAGGUACCCCACAUUACUGAUGAAGACCCCAAUGAAGAGGAAGAGGACGACGAGCCAACACCAGUUGCUGAAAAAGAUGCUCCUAUUCCUCCCAUCUCUGAGGAAGGAAAUGGAGAUUCAACACAAGCAGAGGUAGAGGAAGGGGGGGAGGGAGAGAAGGAGGAGGAGGAGGAGGAGGAGGAGGAGGAGGAGGAGGAGGAAGAUGAGGAGGAGGAAGGUGAGGAAGAGGAGGAGGACGAGGAAGAUGAGGAUGACGACACGACCGCAGACCUCCUCACGGACUCCACCUCCCCCAUCAAACCUCACAACAACAAAAGCAAUUUGGCUAAAACCAACGGGCACGUUCUGCUGGGGUCUGAGGGACUGAAACCGAACCCCGGUACACCUCCACCCCCCUCCCCCACACCAGAACCUCUCCUCUGCCCCCUGGUGGAGUCUGAGCUCAGCUACACGGACAGGGACAACUCUCUCAGCUCUGGUUAUGAGAUGUAUAACGGUGAACUGGGUGAACCGGGGCUGACCAACGGCUCCAGUGAACGCCAUCGAACCACAAUGCCCUUGUUCCCAGACUUACCCCUGGAUCCUGAGCCGGGAAACCCCGUAUCGGUGGGGGCGGCAGACAUCGGAGCGGGGCCGUCGCCUAACAGCCCCGCCGCUGACCGUAGUCGCACUGUGUCAUCUUCAAGUACAGGAGACACGCCCAAAGUCAGAGCCAGAGCUGCAGAUCUCCUAAUCAACCCACUAGACCCACGCAACGCUGACUCUAUUCGUGUCAAAAUCGCUGAUCUUGGAAAUGCCUGCUGGGUGCAUAAACACUUCACAGAGGACAUCCAGACGAGACAGUACCGCUCCAUUGAGGUCCUGAUAGGAGCUGGUUACAGCACUCCUGCAGACAUCUGGAGUACAGCUUGCAUGGCAUUUGAACUUGCAACUGGAGAUUACCUGUUUGAGCCCCACUCUGGAGAGGAUUACUCCCGUGAUGAAGACCACAUAGCCCACAUCAUAGAGCUGCUGGGUUGUAUUCCGAGGCACUUUGCACUCUCUGGAAAAUAUUCCCGGGAGUUCUUCAACCGAAGAGACCACAUCGCUCUGAUCAUGGAGCUCCUUGGGAAGGUCCCACGCAAAGUGGUCGCUGCCGGGAAGUACAGCCGAGAGUUUUUCUCCAAGAAAGGUGAGCUGCGGCAUAUCACCAAGCUGAAGCCUUGGUCCUUGUUCGACGUGCUGGUAGAGAAGUAUGGCUGGUCGCACGAGGACGCCGGUCACUUCACCCACUUCCUUCUGCCCAUGCUGGAGAUGGUGCCUGAGAAGAGGGCCUCGGCCGGCGAAUGUCUCAACCACCCCUGGCUCAACUCGUAGCCGCAGAUUCCGAUCAGACGUCCUCCUCCCCUUGUCCCCUAAGCAUCAUUCCCCGGUGGCAGCCUGUGAAACAACUAAACGGAGAGAAGCUGGAGACAAACACAGUUGGAAAACUUAAAGACUUACUCUUUCCUGCCCUAUCUCACACAUGCACCCAUGCUUAUCUGAGUAGGCUUAAGUCCCAAACAGCCCCUUUCAUCCCUUCCCAAGAGGAAUGUAAAGACAAGUUUGAGGAGAUAAAAUGACAUAGUAGCUGUCGGCAAGGCUGUGUCUUCCAAAACAUCUCCAGAAAAAAAAAAAA